AGAAAGUGAACAGAUAAUCAGGUAAACGGGUAUGUAUAUUACUCACACGGGACGUGAUUUGUGGGGUUUUAACGUAUGAAACUGAACGGAAGAGAGAAAAGGAGAGAAAGAGGCUGAGAAAGAAGACGAAGACUGAGUCAGCGAACAUGGCGAUAUUUAAAAAGAUGCAUUCAGAUUUAUAUUUAAUUCUCCUGGCUUCUUGGAACAUCCUGGGAGUCACCGUGGCCGACAAAGAUUCAGAGACGAUACGGCAACUCCAAGGCACGGUGGCAGCCUUGGGCAGGCAACUUAUCAUGCAGCAGCUGUUUGUUGAGGAAAGAAUACGGUCUGAGGGGAGCUCGGGGAUAAAACAGAUCAGACUUCAGACGGACGGCACGCGGCCGUACCACUCCACGACGUACACCGGCAACAGCGCCGUCAGUAUUCAUAACCAUGCUAACUACGACCGCACCAUAGGGAUGGGAGAGUUCGCCGCCGUCUUGAACGGGGUGGAGUUCCGGACCAGACAUAACGAUUACAAGUUCGUCAUGCCAUGUCGGAGAAGCAAAGAUUUUCACUGCACGGAGGAUAUCCCUUUCCCCGAUGUGCCACCAGAGGUAAGGAAUAAAGGUACGAUAGAGGAACAGAUAGCGGAGAUGAAGGAGUGGUUUAGAGCCUGGAAAAAUCAAGACAAAUCUCACAGAGAUUACACUAAAUACUUCAAAGCCAACCUUUGUUACUUAGAGGGAGCCUGGAUGAAAAGUUCAGCAUCUUUAGAAGAAUCCUUUGACAGUGACCGCCACUUUUUGGACGCCACGGACUGGUUUGACCUGCACGAGAAGGCUCGCUUCAGCGCGUACUCUGGUCGCAAGGACAACCUUGAGAACUUUGCCUAUCUUCCCGUCACCAUUUCCGGUCUCAUCAACGGCACGAUUCCCGAGCUUGCGCAGUGGAACUACCGGAUAUUAUGUCAUCCUCUGAAGCAGGACAUACCGUUCAGCCACUUUCGGACCGUGGACGACCUUCAUUCCAGAAUGGCCUACAAAUCCAACAUGGCUGAACUAACUGGGUCGCGAAGGGCAAGAUUCCAGCUUAACCCAGAAAACAAAGCAAACUGGGGCGAAGAGCACGUGUAUGCUCACAGCUUUCUAGAUGACCUGAUGGAACAGGUGCCCGGAAAAGACAAUUACGUCGCAAACUUGACGGACGACAUCUUUGGUGACACGGCCUUAAUGUUAGACCAGGGCGAAAGAGACAACGACGUCUUGAAUGCCGGUUACUAUCAUCGCUGGUUUAAAGUGGCGAAAAAGGGCGCAAACGGCCUCAAGAGGUUACAUCGAGGCUUCUCGGAUCAGAACAUUUUCAUGGCUAUGACGUCACAGGAGAAGAUUGCUGGCCUAGGGAUUGAAGAAUGCCUUAAAAAGCGAUCCAAGAAGCAAGUAUGUGAGAGGGUAGAACAGAAGUGGACCUAUUCUAUCCCCCUGGAGAUCGUGUAUUCAACGCCUCUGAGUUCCUGGAACCCUUACAACCUGCACUUCAAAGGAGACGCCAAGUCCGACCUUGGGAAGACUGUGAAAGAGGGGCCAGACGGAUCUGUCCGUAAUGGAAAGAAGGAAGCCAACUUGGCAUUUGAUGGUACCAACAAUGCCCUAUACUACCACACUCCGGUGGAAAUGUUCUUUACCAACGGGGACAAGGACGCUGCAGACACCGUGAGAUAUGGAGGCGUUGGAGUCUUGGACAGACAAGGGGAAGUGAGAUCACUAGACGCAUCUGGUUUCCGAAUUGAACUUAACAUAGAUGGCGUUGGUGAAAUUCGUCAGCGAUGGCCCAUAAUGCCCGUGUCGGUAGAGGGCAGCACCAUCAUGAAGGAAAUUGAAGCUCUGACGGACAUGGUCAUGGAGCAGCGGAAAUACAUCGACUUGUAUCGCCAGAAGCCUCUAGCCGCCCUGGAUGGCGACAAUUCUACCUUUCAACGAGACAUAGUGAUGGAGACGACGGCCGCCACGGAGGAUCCGCCUGGAUAUCAUACCCACAUAGUUCGACUGACACCAGACCAAGUCAAAGCAACGAAAGAAGAGGGACAACAAGUCAAAGUCACGACGUCAACCGACAUGGGACAUUUUCACGAACUGCGGGUUAAAUACGCCAAGCGUUGUAACUGUUUCCUUAUUGUUAAGUGUGACCAGACCAGGGGUCACUGUCGGGAUGGACACACGGCAACCCUUACACCAACAACUAAAUAA